GGUGGACCUUAAUGAGUAAACUCAUGAGAUUGACUGACAUCAGGAGAUUGAGAGUGAGUUUCUGGUGUUGCGUUGAAAUGGAAACAGUCAUUGGAGCGGUGUCGUUAAUAUUAUAUGCGUCUGAGGCAGAGAUUAGAAGUUUGUUCUGAGUUUCCAGGGAAGGGAAGAAAAUUGAAGAGGGUGGAUGGAAUUGUUGAAGGAGUGGUUCAUGAUUAGAUAGGCACAUGGCAUCUCGUAUCGCCACUUGGUCGAUCAAACUCUUCGUCGCCUUCCACACGCAAUAUAUUGCUCCAAUCUCCAACUGUGAGGAUUGCAUGAACACCCACUAACGACAACCGCCAUUUCUGAUCGCUGACCAGCCUCCGUUUGUCGGUUGUGUUGCCACACAAAUAUUAAGCGAAAAGAAAACACGAGGAGGAGAUUAGUGUCCAAAUUUCACAGCAAGGAUAUGUCUCAGAGUGACGAGUGGCUCGAGUAGUGGGGGAAAAAAAAGAUGAAUAAAUAACUAGUCCUUUGAGCUUUUCUUUCUUAUUGAGAAGAAGAGAGAGGGAGGUAUAGAGAAGAAGAAGAAGCUGAAAGUCAGAACCAUACACAAAGGAAUCCGAGUCCAAGCAAAGCGACCGAAGUUGGAAGAAAGGUGUUAUCUGAAGACUGAAAGGGAGCUGUGUGUUUUACUAUCUGAAAAAAUGGGUCCAAAAGCAUUAGAUUACGAGUCCAUAAACGAGAAUGUGAAAAAGGUGCAAUAUGCCGUCAGAGGAGAACUGUAUCUUCGAGCCUCCCAGCUUCAGAAAGAAGGGAAAAAGAUUAUCUUCACAAAUAUUGGGAACCCUCACGCUCUUGGUCAAAAGCCUUUGACCUUUCCCCGUCAGGUAAUUGCUCUUUGCCAAGCCCCAUUUCUUCUAGAUGAUCCCAAUGUAGAACAAUUAUUUCCUCCUGAUGCAAUUGCCAGGGCCAAACAUUAUCUUUCAAUGAUUGAGGGUGGUUUAGGUGCCUACAGUGAUUCCCGAGGAAAUCCAGGAGUAAGAAAGGAGGUGGCGGAGUUCAUAGAAAGGCGUGAUGGCUAUCCGAGUGAUCCAGAACUGAUAUAUCUCACAGAUGGAGCCAGCAAAGGGGUGAUGCAGAUACUGAAUACUAUAAUCCAUGGUGAAGGCGAUGGGAUUCUCGUUCCAGUCCCUCAAUACCCUCUUUAUUCGGCAACAAUUGCUCUGUAUGGUGGUUCCUUGGUUCCAUAUUAUUUAGAUGAGAGCUCAAACUGGGGUCUUGAUGUCAAUGAUCUUCGUCAGUCCGUAGCGCAAGCUCGCUCUCAAGGAAUCACGGUAAGAGCAAUGGUAAUCAUAAACCCUGGUAACCCAACUGGUCAAUGCCUUAGUGAAGCAAAUUUAAGAGAAAUAUUGAACUUCUGUUUUCAAGAAAAUCUUGCUGUACUUGGUGAUGAAGUUUAUCAGCAAAACAUCUAUCAGGAUGAACGACCCUUCAUUAGUUCUAAAAAGGUAUUGAUGGAUAUGGGGCCUCCCAUCAGCAAGGAACUUCAGCUCGUAUCGUUCCACACUGUGUCAAAGGGAUAUUUGGGCGAGUGUGGACAACGUGGUGGAUACUUUGAAAUGACGAACAUUCCACCUCAGACAGUGGAUGAGAUCUACAAGGUUGCAUCAAUAUCACUCAGUCCAAAUGUUCCUGCACAAGUGUUUAUGGGGCUCAUGGUCAAUCCACCCAAACCUGGAGACAUAUCCUAUGAGCAAUAUCAUCGUGAAAGCAAAGGAAUCCUGGAGUCACUGAGGAGAAGGGCAAGGAUAAUGACAGAUGGUUUUAACAGUUGCAAGAAUGUAGUCUGCAACUUCACUGAAGGAGCCAUGUAUUCGUUCCCUCAAAUUCAGCUGCCUCCGAAAGCCAUAGAGGCAGCAAAAACAGCAGGAAAAGUAGCUGAUGUCUUCUACUGUCUCAAGCUUCUGGAAGCUACUGGAAUUUCGACAGUCCCCGGCUCAGGAUUUGGACAGAAACAAGGGGUCUUCCAUUUGCGAACAACCAUCUUGCCGCCAGAGGAGGAGAUGCCGGCGAUCAUGGCUAGCUUUAAAAAGUUCAACGUUGAGUUCAUGGAACAAUACGCUUAGUGGAUCUUUCUUUUUCUUUCGUUUGGUGUGUUCAUCAUAAGCUGUAAAGUGUUCUUCAUGAACUCCACAGGCCUUCUUAACCUUCUCUACCCUUAACAUCUGUAGGAGUGUAAAAU